AUGGACGUUAGGAUAGUAAUCGUGUUUAUUAUUUCAGCUCUAUGUGCUAAAAGAGGGUUUGCAUGCAGGCAAGGCUGGGAAUCGAAUGGAACUUUGUGCUACUUAUUUUCACACGGGAAAUCCACUUGGGCCGAGGCGUCGGCAACAUGUUUAGCAAUUCAUUCGCAUCUGGCAGUAAUUACUUCAGACAUGGAGCAAACCUUCCUGACUGGUGAACUUAAUCAACUUCAUCAAAAUGGUACCUCUCACGUGCAGUAUUGGAUAGAUGGUACAGACCUUGAAGUAGAAAACGUAUGGAGAUGGGCGAUAACAGGAGAUAAGCUUACCUACACUGCCUGGGCUGACGGCGAACCAAACAACGCACAAGGUGGCAACUGCAUGAAUCUCUGGGGUAGAGGUGGAUUUCUAAUGGCGGAUGAUGAUUGCGAAUUGCAUCUCAACUACAUUUGCCAAGAAACUGAUAGAGAGGAAUCUGGAAAUAUCAUCGGUUGA